AUGACAGUGGACACGUACAGUGUCCACUGUCAUCCACAAUUUCGCACGUUAUCUGACUCGACAGUACCGAUUCCAGAUCGUUUUAAUAAUAGUGCAGUGCAGUGUCGAAAUGUGAUUAAAAUAGAAAUUCAAAGGCUUCCAAUGAAGUUAUUGUUUGAAGUGGUGUCCGGAUGUCACACAGCUGUUGUAUAUGGUAAUUAUAACGUGAAUCUAAAUGGAUUUCCCAGACAGGUCAAGGCUUGGCUUAACUAGCCACGCCACUCCAAACGUUCCUCUUAACGUGCCUUAAUUUUAAACACAGUUUAGAAAGCAAAACUUACGGACGGUCGUUUAUAGCAGUGAAAAUUAGAUAUUUAGGAAGUGAUACAUACGCGAGCUCACGCGUAUAGGGUGAUGUAUCGAUGCUAGCUUGUUGAUUCACUCGAGAAAAAUCAACUACACAGCGUGGCGUGCAUGAGUCAUCCUGGGUCACAACAAUAAUGCUAACUUGGAGAGAUUCUCGUUCCGCUCUGCCAGGGAAUCUUCAAGGCGUUCCCGACUGGAGGAGCUUCAAAC